CCGCGGUGGAGCGGCCGUCACACGCCUGCUGACAGUCGCCCGCCUGCCCGCUCGCCGCGGCUGCGGCGGGACACGGUAAAGCGGUGCGUGGCCGGAGGUAGAGCUGCGCUCCCGGUCGGCCUAGAGUUACCGGCUGUGCUGCUGGCGCAAGUAGGCAAGUGCCCUGUUGUUGCCUUGUGAUAGAGGUACAAAAUGGCUUACAGCGUGACUCUGAAUGGACCAGGACCAUGGGGUUUCCGACUGCAAGGAGGCAAGGACUUCAACAUGCCCUUGACCAUCUCCAGAAUCACCCCUGGCAGCAAGGCAGCACAGUCACAGAUGAAUCAGGGAGACCUUGUGGUAGCCAUUGAUGGAGUCAAUACUGACAGCAUGACCCACUUAGAGGCCCAGAACAAGAUCAAAUCAGCCAGCCACAACUUGAGCCUCACUCUUCAGAAAUCUAAGCGUCCAGUGCCAGUUUCAACCACGGCACCUAGAAUUGACUCUCCCAGGGCUGUAGUUCCCCACCAGCAGGAACCUGCUUGGGAAAUCAAUGGCAACAGAACAACCUUCAGUCCUCUAACUAACACGGCAACUGGGCCUAUGGGUAGUAUUUUAGCAACCAAUGGAACGUUUUCAGGCUACCUCAACAAGCAAGAGAUCAGCUUUUCAAAUAGCUCUUCCUACUUAAAGACUACUACAGUUAGAUCUUCCAUGGCCUCUCAGUCUGUGACUCCUGCAAAAAGUAAUCUAGGUUCAAAACGAAGCCCUGUGUUGAGCGGUGGCAGUAGUGCUGUGAGCCCCUCAAGGCAGUAUAACAACCCUAUUGGCCUUUACUCAGCAGAGACUCUAAGAGAAAUGGCUGAGAUGCAUAAAUUAAGUCUCAACCGAAGGGCUUCAGAAGGUGGACUUCCUAGAGGCAAGGAAUUCACGGAGCGUUUCAACCCCAAUGUCCUGAAGGACUCUGCCCUGUCUACACAUAAACCCAUUGAGGUGAAAGGCCUAGGCGGCAAGGCUACUAUAAUUCACGCCCAGUAUAACACCCCGAUCAGCAUGUAUUCCCAGGAUGCUAUCAUGGAUGCAAUUGCAGGCCAGGCACAAGCCCAGGGUGGAGAAUUUGCUAGUACCCUUCCUAUUAAAGAUCCUCACAUAGACAGUGCCUCUCCAGUGUACCAGGCUGUGCUUAAAACCCAGAACAAGCCUGAAGAUGAGCCUGAAGACUGGAGUCGCCGUUCUGCCAAUCUGCAGUCUAAAUCUUUCCGUAUCCUUGCCCAGAUGACUGGAACAGAGUACAUGCAAGAUCCAGAUGAAGAAGCCCUAAGGAGGUCAAGAGACAAGGAAAAUGUUGCUGAAGCAUCACAAAACAGUACCCCUGUUGAGCAUGCUCCGGUGUCUACCAGUUCUGCUUCUACUCCUGUACCACAUGCUUCAGCACCUCCGCCUGCUACUGCUGCCCAAAUUACAACCAGUAUGAUGACACCACCAGCAGCCACCUCAGUAGUGCAAGAGUCCUUCUCAUCCUCCUUCCAAAGAGUGGUUGCAGCCCCCAGCUCUCUUUCACAGCCUAAGCCUUUCCAUGGGCCCAAGAACAUGUCAUUGGCAGCUUCCACUAUUUCAUCUGCUAUCUCAUCUCAGUCUAGUUUCAACCGACAUUCUUCCACCUCCAUCAGCUACCAGUCAAAGAAGAGAAACACAAGCCAAUCAUAUACACCAUUGCCAGUUUCUGGAAGCUACAGUGAAAGUCCUACUGCUUCUGCUGCUUCAAAACAGAGAGUCGUUACUACUGCCAGCAUAAAGCCCUCUGUCUACCAGCCAGCACCAGCACCAGUUCAUUCCUACACCCCUGCCAACGCUGAGCCUGCAAGUCGCCCUCCCUGGGUAACAGAUGACUCCUUUUCCCAGAAAUUUGCACCUGGAAAAACCACCACCACUAUCACAAAGCACAUCCUACCAAUGGGUGCUCCAGUACCACCUCCUGCCUCAAGUUCUGCUUAUCCAUCUCCAGUGUCAACUUCUUCCCAGGCUCCUCCAAUAGCCCGGGGAACAGUUCAGAGGGCUGAGCGUUUUCCAGCCAGCAGCCGAACUCCUCUCUGUGGGCACUGUAACAGCAUAAUUCGGGGUCCUUUCCUGGUAGCUAUGGGUCGGUCUUGGCACCCAGAAGAAUUCAACUGUGCUUACUGCAAGACAUCCUUGGCUGAUAUGUGCUUUGUGGAAGAGCAGAAUAGCGUGUACUGUGAGCGCUGUUACGAACAGUUCUUUGCACCAACCUGUGCCAGAUGCCACACUAAGAUCAUGGGGGAAGUGAUGCAUGCCCUAAGACAGACUUGGCACACAAGUUGCUUUGUCUGUGCUGCUUGUAAGAUGCCAUUUGGGAAUAGUCUUUUUCACAUGGAGGAUGGGGAACCCUACUGUGAGAAAGAUUACAUUGCUUUGUUCAGCACAAAAUGCCAUGGCUGUGAUUUUCCUGUUGAAGCUGGAGAUAAAUUCAUUGAAGCUCUUGGACACACUUGGCAUGAUACCUGCUUCAUUUGCGCUGUAUGCCAUGUGAAUUUGGAAGGUCAGCCAUUCUACUCCAAGAAGGAUAAGCCAUUGUGCAAGAAGCAUGCCCAUGCCAUCCAUGUUUAAAAGAAGAGUUGGCAGUCAGUAAUGCUGGUGGAAAGCAGAUGACUAACUGGGCAAUUAAGAAGUUGAUAAGCACAGCUAGCAUUUCUUUUGGUAAAAGCCAGGAAGUUGAUACUUCUGAAGUUUAACCUCUUUUAUAAAUGCAGCACAUGCUUUUGUAAUGUUCAUUUAAAAAAA